AUGCCCUCCAUCACCGACUCCGCAGGCGACACGAAUCCGAGCGGGACUGGUGCUCCACCACGGAAUCUUCCUACCAGCUAUCGUGACUCGGCGCCACCUGUUUUGGCCCUGCUGCUUGCUUUCCGCCUCACAAACGCAUUGGCCUUGCACACCUUUUUCCAGCCAGAUGAGUUCUUCCAGUCUCUCGAGCCUGCCUGGCAGCUAGCCUUUGGCGACGCGAGCAAUGCCUGGAUCACUUGGGAGUGGACAAGCCGCUUGCGCUCUUCCCUGCACCCAGCGCUAUUUGCAGCCGUCUAUCGUGUCGCGGCACAUGUCGCUCAAGCCAGUGGAUUGAGCUUACCAGCUAAAGCCGAGAUCCUCCUAGUGGCGCCGAAAGUUACCCAGGCCGUCUCCGCAGCCUUGCUCGACUGCUACACAUGGAAGCUCGCCGGAAAAGUUUACGGUCGUGGCAGCCGUACUGCCCUUGCUGCUCUUGCAUUGUCUGUCUGCAGCCCCUGGCAAUGGUUCUGCGCUACCCGGACCCUGUCCAAUUGCCUUGAGACUACCAUUACCUCCAUUGCCAUCUACCACUGGCCUUGGCAGGGUACAACGGACACCAGGCAAGUGGAUCCUAGUGCUAAAGCGCAGCAGCAUUCACAUACCCAUCUCGGCUCCCUCUCCCAGUUGCGUCUCUCCCUACUACUGGCUGCGCUUGCAUGCAUUCUCCGGCCCACCAAUGCUCUCAUCUGGAUAUCCGUAGCUCUUCCAACGCUGUGGCAAGCUUCUCAGACGUUGCGGUAUGUGCUGGUCCGCGAAACCUUGCUCUGUGGCUGCGUUGUCUUCCUUGCCUCACUCGCAUCCGACCGCUUGUAUUACGGAGUCUGGACCAUUCCGUCUCUCCGGUUUCUCUACUUUAACAUUGCCCAGUCUCUAGCCGUUUUUUACGGCAAGAAUCGUGCUGACUACUAUUUCACCGAGGGUUUGCCGUUGCUGCUAACCACCGCACUCCCAUUUGCCAUUGUCGGCUUAUGGCAAUCACUACAGCCUCAAAACCAAGACACGACUGUAGGCCGUCGUAUCCUAACCCGUCUAUCAUGGACGACCAUGAUCAUGACCGUGACGCUAAGUCUAAUCUCGCACAAGGAAGUCCGCUUCCUGUACCCUGUCCUCCCCUUUCUCCACGUAAUAUCUGCGCAGCCGUUGACCCAGUUUCUGCCGGCGCACACGGCAGCACCAUGGCGACGAGGCGCCAUCCUCCUGCUUCUUACAGCAAACAUACUUCUAGCCGGUUACGCGUCGCAGGUCCAUCAACGUGGCGUCAUCGACGUCCUCGGCUACAUCCGCCAUAAACAUGAAACGCGCAAUACGCUAUCAUCCAUGUCUUCUUCCCACAAUCACCACCAGGGCUCCCGCAUCAAUACCAUCACAAAUACCACUGUUGCCUUUCUCAUGCCCUGCCACUCGACGCCCUGGCGCUCCCAUCUCGUCUACCCUGAAAUCUCCGCUUGGGCCUUGACCUGCGAACCCCCUAUUCACGUUCCUCUCGCAGACCGUGAGUCCUACCUGGAUGAGGCAGACGAGUUCUACAUCCGUCCUGGCCCUGCAGCCUGGCUCCAGGCCAACAUGGAAGAUGUUGAGACGGUGAAGGAUGCAGGGAGCAGAUCGGGUCAGCAUUGGAUGCGCCACGAUCCAAAGUUUAAACGCAAGUAUCGCCGGGAGUGGCCGCAGAAUCUUGUCUUUUUUGAACAGUUGGAAGGGGUGCUGAAGGAGCAUUUGGCGGGUUCGAGGUAUACCGAGUGUUGGAGGGGGUUCAAUUCGCACUUUCAUGAUGAUUGGAGGAGGGUGGGGGAUGUGGUUGUUUGGUGCUUGGAUGGGUGA